CUCCAUCGUAACCUUGAACUUGACUAGCGUAUUGCUGGUCCUGGGGAGUGUCUGAAGGCCUGUCAAGUGACUGUUGAUCGUACAUUUUUCUAUCGUUUUUAUCAAUAACAAUUAUGGAUCCCGCGGUCUUCCCCGAGGAGAUUUGGAUUAAGAUUUUAUUGUACUGCGAUGUACCUGACAUUAUUGCGUUUGGCAGCACCUGCAAAUACCUGAGGAAGACGUCGGACACGGAUUAUCUGUGGAAGAUGAAAUGGCUGCAGCUAAUUUCAAAGGUGCACUUUAGAUUCCCAGAUAUAAAAUGCUUACAAUUGCUCAGCGUCAGCUUCAAAGCUAUGUGCUACAGAUUACACAUGGUGAUUACGUUAGGAGAGAAUGCACCUUUUCCAAAAUGUUAUCACUGCAGUGGUUAUACGUGUCAGAGAAACUGUGUUGAGGGCUCCAGCGCCAAGGUAGUGAUUGAGAUCGGCAAUAAAUAUACCUGGGUAAUUACUCCAUACUUUGGACUGAGGAGACACUUUUCCAUGUUUGGCAUUCCCAAAUAUAACAAUAAAACUCACGUGGAACAAGUGCAGACUCAGAAUGUACCAAGCAGCAGCACACGUUCGAAAUCUGAUGCAAAGUCAUUAGCAAAGAGAUUGAAGUUGUUGAAACUGCCGGAAUUGGCGACCGCCAAGAUUCCGCGACCAAGCGGGCCGUUCUGUGUUUUCUGCAAUCCUGUGAAAUUAUAUAGAGAAAAGCGAAGAUUAACUACACACCAGAAUGAUCCGAUGUGUUAUACUAGACUAAAUCCGAUAUACCAGAAGCUUAUAAAUGGUUAUUGCACUGAUACUGUGGAAGUGCUUGGCAUUCCGAACGUGGAUGUUGUGAGCCCAGCUGAGGCAUUGCUGUGCGAGGGCACGUUUCCAGUUCUCAAAACUUUUAUCGAUCACUUGUUUCAUCAAAUGAGUUUGACUGUGACACUGAGAAAACCAAAUACUGUGCUCAUGUUUUGCGAACCGUUGGCAAUGCAUCCUACAUUGAGAAAACAAUUAUUACAUUAUUUAUUCCAGGAAGUUAAAGUAGCGAGAGUAUGUUUAGUACCAAAACCUCUAGCAGCAUGUGCUAUGCUGGAUGUUGAAACCUGCGUAGUAGUCGACAGUGGUGCUUUAAGCACAACAGUUGCUGUUGUAAUUGGAGGACGAGUUAUGCCACAGCGUUGGAGGUUGUUGCCUGUGGGUGGUUGGCACGUUGCCUAUCAUUUAAAACAAGCAAUGUAUUGGCAACCGAAAGAAUAUCAUCAAAUUCCUAUAUCCUACCUAGACAUUUUAGCUGUUAAAGAAAGAUGCAGGCUCAGUUAUAACAUUAAGAACGAAGAAAAACGUCUAGGACCGAAGGCAAGAGAGCACAUUAAUCUUCGAGUUGAUAGCUACGCGGACUGUAGACAAUUUUGGAGAGUCUCGCUAGGCCCGGAAUUGUACAUAGCUCCUGAAAUGAUGUAUAUCAGUCUGCGUUUGCCCGAAGUUAUAAAGGAUGUAACAUCAGGAUUACCAGAGGAUAUAAUGCACGAUUGCCUUUCGCAUAUUCUACUUACCGGUGGAAAUACAGAUCUUUCAGGUUUUGAACUAAGGCUUACGAAGGAUUUACGUGAGCUAUUACCAGAAUAUAGCAAGAUUUUAGAAGUGAAAAGCUGUCCUGGUACGCAUAGUUGGAAUGUCGCAAUGGGAUCUACAUAUGUGCCUUUAGCUGUACAUCCUGAUAAAACUCCACCAGAAUAUAUUGAAGGUAAUCCAUUUUGGCUGUCACGGGAAGAAUAUGUGUUGUUUGGAUGUGAAUCUUUGGAACAUGGUAAUGAAGAUAUAAUAGGUGAUGCUUUAUAAUAUGAAUGAUGAUUACGAUGAACUUCACCGUAAAAAAUACGCGCAUAUGUAAUGCAUAAUGACAGGAAAGUAAAUGUUACCAUCAUUAAGUAUAUUUUCUCCUAUAUUGUCUAUAAAUUGGAAAAAUAAUUUAGAUAAUUGAAGGGGCCUGAAACAUUCCAAAAUAUAACUAUCAUAUUCACACUA